CAUAUCUUUUUGCACUCUCAAAAUGGUCAGACGUCUUCGAUCCUCGAGUUUUCCCUCUCACGUGACCCAUUCGUCCGCUUAAUCUGUUAAACCCUAAAAACGCCCCGGCGGGGAGAUUCUUCUGGCCGCCGCCGUUCGCCGCAAUCCUCCCAUCCCAUGUUACCAUUUUCUUUCCCCUCAUAUCAUAUCGCGUUGGUCAAGAGAUCGUCCUCGUUCUUGUUCCUAACCCUAACCGUCGUUUUCUGCGGUUCCACACAUGCCACAUGGCAGCCGAUCUCAUGCUUCUGCCUGUCUCCGAAGUUUUUGCAGUGGUUUUACUGUAUUUCGUCUCUCCUGGACUCUACUGAUGGUUUUUGGCUUAAUUAAAGCAUCCUUAUCCGCUUGCAUCCUUUCCCUUCUUCUGAAAGUUGGUGGCAGUGUUACUUGUAAGAUUGAGGUCCAGUAGAGGCUUUUUAGUUUUUCCUGAGGUUGAAAAAAGAUUCCAAAAUAAGAAACAAACAUGAUGGGCAUCAAGGCUCAGCCAGCUUCUACUAAUUCACCCAAAAAAGAGGUGGGAGAGAUAGACACUAGGGCACCCUUCGAAUCUGUCAAAGCUGCUGUCAGCUUAUUUGGUGAGGUUGCAUUUUCUGGUGAUAAAUCAACUUCAAGAAAGCAAAAGAGUCCAUCAUAUGAGAAAACAUUAGCAACAGAGACUAAACUCCAUAUAGCCCAAAAGGAGCUAAACAAGUUUAAGGAGCAGCUGCAUAAUGCAGAAACAACAAGGGUUCAAGCACUUGCUGAAUUAGAAAAAGCUAAGGAAGCAGUUGAGGAGCUGACACAAAAACUGAUUACAAUCAAUGAGUCUAAGGAGGAAGCAUUAAAAGUAACAGAAGCUGCAAAAAGCCAAACAAAGCUACUUGAACAGGAAAGCCCUAUGGACCAUUCUGAAAAGGAUGUUUCCUGGAAGAACGAACUUGAUAGUGCCAGAGAGCAGUAUGCAGCUGCCCUCUCCAAACUGGAUGCAGCAAAGCUGGAGCUUAGGAGGAUCCGAAAGGAAUUCAAUACGUCAAUGGAUGCUAAAGUCACUGCCAUCCACCAGGAAUUCGAAGCAAAGCAGCUCUCUGAUGCCAAUAAAGAGAAGGCCGCUCAACUUGCUAAGGAUAUUGCAGCUGUGCAGGAGUCACUUGUGCAUGUGAAACUUGCUACUGAACAAGCCCAACAGGAUGAGUCAAAAAUCCGUUCAGAAAAGGAGACCAGUAGACAGUCUUACAAGCUGGCCAUAGAGGAGAAUGAGGCCAAAUUGGCCUCUUUAAAGAAAGAUUUUAAUCCUGAACUUCAUGAAGACCUAAAGAAGAAGCUGGAGGAGACUGAAGCUCAAAUUGAUGCGAUUCAGAAGCAAAUGAAAGAGGCGAGGGCAUCAGAUAUAGAAUCUAUUGCCACAGUGACAACUGAGCUGGAUGGUGCAAAAGAGUUUCUUCAGAAAGUCGUAGAGGAGGAAACCUCUCUCAGGAGUGAGCUGGAGUCAUUGAAGCUGCAGCUGGAAAUUUUGAAGAAGGAGAAUUCUGAACUUCAAGUUAAGGAUGCAGAAACUGAAGCCCUUGCUUCAAAUCUUCAUUUGAAGCUUCAAAAAUGCAAGUCUGAACUCGAGUCUGCCAUGCUUGCUGAGUCAAAGGCAAGCUCAACUUCUGAUGAUCUAACAUCAGCCCUCCAGCAGUUGUCUGCGGAGUCCUUAUCUGCACAGAAAGAAGCUGAAGAGACGAAGAUGAAGGCUGAUGAGUUGAGGAGUGAAGCUGAAGCAGCCAAGAUUACCUUAGCAGAGGCAGAGGUGAAGCUGCAGGUUGCCUUGAGAGAUGCUGAAGAGGCAAAGGCGGCAGAGACAAGGGCCCUUAAUCAGAUCAAGGAGCUAUCAGAAAAGGCCAAUGCAGUCCGGUCCUCGACCUCAGAAUCUGGCGCAAAAAUCACAAUCUCCAGGGAGGAGUAUGAGUCUUUGAGCCGGAAGGUCGAGGAGUCAGAGAAGUUGACAGAGAUGAAAGUUGCCGCCGCAAUGGCUCAGGUGGAAGCUGUGAGAGCUAGCGAAAAUGAGGCAAUCAAGAGGCUGGAGGCCGUCCGGAAGGAGAUUGAAGACUUGGGGUUGGCCGCAGAAGAUGCGCUGAAGCGAGCAGACAUGGCAGAAGCAGCAAAGAAAGCUGUAGAGGGAGAGUUGAGGAGGUGGCGUGAGAAGGAGCAGAAGAGAGUUGCUGAAACUGCAACGCAGAUUCUAGCUGAGACCACCGCGCCCGGUUCUGUCCAAUCUACACCUCCAAGGGCUAAAAUUCCAAAGGCGAAUCCACUGCCACCCUUGGACAAAAAUGAGCGCAAGGAGAACAGGACACCCACAAAGAAGGCUCUGAUUCCAGUUCUUAGUGGCAUGUUCAACAGGAAGAAGAGCCAUGCUGAUGGCGGCGGGUCGCCGUCCUUUACUCAAACUGAGAAACAUGAGAAGCAUACAUGAUUGCUUCCUAUUUCAUAAUCUCAGAAUUUCCUCUGGGAUUGAUUUAGUUUGAUUUUGGUCAAGACCUGAAUCAAGAAUGUGACUGGAUGGGCCCUGUUUAUGUAUAGCUCAAGCUGGGUGAGCUUGUUUCACAUGCUCUUAUUUUUUCUCCAGAACUGUAAUCAGAUGCCUUAACUGCAGCCACUGCAGCUCUUCCUGUGCUUCUGGUUGUUUAUGUAAUGCCUGGGAAUGAAUUUUUUUUCUUUCUGGACAAUCUUGUACCUGAUUCAAGUUUCCAUCUGUAUGGUAUUUCAUCAUCUAUAACUCUUCUGUGAUGCUUUUGUGUUAAACGAUUUGAGAAUGACUUUAAAUUUAUGUGAAUCUUUUGAAGUA